CCAGGAUGGCAUCAAGUUUUGAUUGGAUUGUUCGGCCACAAAGAGCCCCCGAGAAUGGCACGAGCCGCAUGCCACCCUGUUUACACGAGUAGUAUGCACUAGUACCUCCCUUCGAACGCCGAAAUGAACAGGCUGGUGUAUUUAAGGAGGAAGGGUCAACCUCGGAGCAGACCUGCUUGAGAUCAUGCAUCUUUCCUUUCCUGCAUCGAUGUUGACCAUUGACCAGCCGUCGACGUCCAAUCCUGUCUACGGAUGGCUAUCUCGACACCAGUACAGGCCAUGACUUCUCUCGAGACCAAGUUGGCACCCGCCGAAGCCGAAGACGAUAUCCGCAGUCAGACUCUUCAGGGGAAUACCGGAGAGGCGGACGGAGAGAAACAUGAAAGCCACAAAGAGGGAGACGCUGAGGCCCAGCAUCCAUCAACGACUGGCCUGGUGCUUAUCGCGGCUGGCCUCUGUCUUUCCGUCUUUCUCGUGUCUCUGGACCAAACCAUCGUUUCCAAUGCCAUACCGAAGAUAACCGACGAAUUUGGAAGCACCGGAGACAUUGGCUGGUAUGGGAGUGCUUUUCUUUUGGCCGUAGCUGCCUUCCAGCUCUUCUAUGGAAAGGCAUACUCCUUCUUCUCCAUCAAAAUCAUCUUCAUGCUUGCCAUCGGCCUCUUCGAGCUCGGCUCCCUCGUCUGCGCGCUAGCACCCACCAGCCCCGCUCUCAUCGUCGGACGCGCCAUCGCGGGACUCGGAGCGGCAGGCAUCAUGCCCGGCGCCAUCAUCAUCAUUUCCCACUCGGUGCCGUUGCGCAGAAGGCCCAUCUUUCUCGGUUCUAUGGGCGGCAUGUUCGGCAUCGCGUCUGUCUGCGGGCCCCUGCUCGGCGGCGUCUUCACAGACCGCCUGACGUGGCGAUGGUGCUUCUACAUCAACUUGCCCUUCGGCGGCUUCGCCGCCCUGACGAUCCUGCUCUUCUUCAAACCACCCGACCGGCCGGUUUUGGCGCAGAUGUCGAUCCUCGACCGAGUCAAGAAGAUUGACUGGCUUGGCCUACUCGUCUUCAUCCCGUCCAUCGUCAGCCUCCUGUUGGCGCUGCAGUGGGGUGGCGUUACAUACCCUUGGAAAAAUGGCCGGAUCAUCGGCCUGUUCGUGGUCUUCGGCGUGACGGCCAUUGCCUUUGGCAUUGUGCAGUUCUGGAGGAAAGACGAUGCCAUCAUCCCGCCACGCAUCAUCACCCAGCGGAGUGUCGCCGCCGGUGUGUGGUACGCCCUCUUCAAUGCCGCAGGGUUCAUGAUCGUUGUCUACUACACACCAAUUUGGCAUCAGGUGAUUGGGCAUGUCAGCGCUGUGGAUUCGGGUGUGCGCCUGCUUCCCGUCUUGAUCGGUUUAGUCAUCACGGUGAUGCUGUCUGGAGCCCUGGUUUCCGUGUUUGGGUAUUAUACACCAUUCAUGAUACUGGCAUCCAUUCUCGCUCCUAUUGGAGAGGGCUUAAUGUUUACCUGGACCGUCGACACCACAUUCGGCCAGUGGUUCGGCUAUGAAGCCCUCACUGGGCUCGCCGUUGGGAUGGGCAUGCAGCAGCCCUUGGUGGCUGUUCAGACCGUCCUUCCCAUUGAUGAUGUUCCCGUCGCCACGUCGGCUGUGGCUUUCGCUCAGACCCUUGGGGGCGCCAUCUUCAUCGCAAUUGCGCAGGUCGUCUUCCAGAAUGUUCUCAUCGCAAAUCUCCCGGCCGGCAAUUACGACCGCUCUGGCCUUCUCACCGCCGGCGUGACCGACAUCAUCACCAAAGUUCCGCCGCAACUGUUGCCGUCCAUCCUGGUUGCUUUCAACGAGGCAUUGACACAUGUGUACAUUGUCAGCAUCUGCAUGUCAGCACUCACCAUUGUGGGCAGCUUGGCGAUGGAAUGGAGGAGUGUGAAGAAGAAGACCAGCUCCGGGGCGAGCAAAGAGCCCGCUGGGGGACAAGCGUAGCUCGGUCUAUCCGCCUGCAUUCUGCUUGCCUUGCGUCCUGGGUGUCUGUGUAGAGAGGGGUGGAAAGUUACCUAAUUCUAUAUACUAUUUCAGAAUUGCUUGUGCAGUCAAUAUAGUCUCGGGAGCGUAUUGGGGUUGCGGCGCAGUGAAUACCCCUCAACCGCGUUGAGCCCACUCUCCGCCUUGCCUGUCAAAUUCCUGGCCCGGGAAUGAUCGUUCGAGAGCGACUACAGAUCCGAGCUCACUGUUCUCGAGACUUGAGCACAUCGUCUUGAGAUCCUCUGUCAGAAAAACCACUAUAACUCACAAGCCCAAGCUUUAACAAGCCAUGCCUUAAGUAGAACUCCAGACCGAC